AUGGCCGAUCAAAUCCUCGACCAGGUUCGCGAUCUGGCGGAAGGUCAGAUUGACUUUGAGGGCCAGAAGCUGGCAGAUCUUCUCGCAACCCUCGUCCUCUCAGCAUCCGGAGUCAUCUCCUUCAUAAUCGGUUAUCUGCUUCAAGAUAUUAAACUCGCGGUCUACGUCGGCUUGGGUGGAACCGUCCUCACAUUCCUCCUCGUCGUGCCCCCUUGGCCUUUUUACAAACAACACCCGAUCAAGUGGCUGGAGCCGGGAUCUGAAUCUGGGUCUGGAUCGCGGAAUGUGGCUACAAUAGAGAAGUCGGGAUAG